CUGAUCACCCGUUGUGCGUAGCUGUCAAUACUUGCACGAGGUUAUUGUUUUUCUUUUGUGCGUUGUUGCGGCUUUUCUCGUGUUAGCGGAAGGAAAAAUAGCCUUUAAAUUGGAUAAAACAUGGGUAAAUCAAAAGCACUCCGUAUAAAGAAAAUCGCCGGGCCGAAAGCUUUCCUCGAAGAGCAAUUGAACGAUGGUCGAGUGUCCAAGAAGUCCAAACAGCCCAAAAUACGGCUGCGGGCAGAAGAAAGCAACUAUGUCGAUUCGAAAUCGUCCAAAAAAAUCUUGCGACAAGCGCGUAAACAACAGGCGGAAUUGAAUUUUCUCGACAAAUCCUUCGGUCCAUCGCUGGCAGAAUCCGCUUCGCUAAAACGGCGACAUCGUUUGGAUGACAGAGAAUCAUCCGACGAGUCGGACUUGGAGGAUCGUAAUGAACCCGAUAUUAAUGGAGAAAAUUUGUACGACGAUAUUAAAAUCACCGAGGAAGAUGAGCGUGCACUGCAAAUGUUUCAAAACAAAGAUGGCACGAAAACCCGUACCCUGGCCGAUAUCAUUUUAGAGAAAAUGACGGAGAAACAGACCGAAAUUCAAACACAGUUCUCCGACAAUGCCUCGCUUAAGCUGGACGAUAUCGAUCCGAACGUGCGCCAGAUGUACAAAGGCGUGCGGGAUGUUUUGAAACGCUACCGGAAUGGUAAAAUUCCGAAAGCGUUCAAGCUCAUCCCCAAGCUGCGGAACUGGGAACAAUUUCUGUAUAUUACGGAACCUCAGCAGUGGAGUGCAGCAGCAAUGUUUCAGGCGACACGUUUGUUUUCGUCCGGUCUUACGCAGCAUAUGGCGCAGCGUUUCUACAAUCUCGUACUGCUGCCGCGCGUUCGUGAUGAUUUGGCUGAAUUCGGUCGUCUCAACUUCUUUCUGUAUCGAUCGUUGAAGAAAGCACUGUUCAAACCGGGCGCAUUUAUGAAGGGUAUCGUGUUGCCUCUGCUCGAGUCAGGCGAUUGCGCCCUGCGUGAGGCAAUCAUCAUCGGCAGCAUUGUCAGUUGCACGUCCAUCCCCGUGCUGCACACAGCGGCAUGUUUGUUGAAAAUUUGUGAAAUGGAAUAUUCUGGCGCGUGUUCCGUAUUUAUUCGCAUCAUUUUGGAUAAACGGUACGCGUUACCGUACCGAGUAGUCGACGCGGCGGUGUUUCAUUUCCUGAAGUUUGAACAGGAUAAACGUGAUAUGCCUACGCUUUGGCACAACGCUUUGCUGACGUUUGCCCAGCGGUACAAAAACGAUAUUUCCUCCGAGCAGCGAGAUGCGCUGUUGCAUUUAUUGAAGAAAAAAUCGCACCCUAAAAUUACUCCGGAAAUUCGACGGGAACUGCAGGCUGCUCGUUGCAGGGAUGUAGAAGUUGGUCAAAGUUUAGCUUUGGAGGGAGAAAUGGAAUUCGAGGAAGAUAAUGAUUAUGCACCAAUGGAAGACGAUGGAGAGGCACACGGAUCCCAACGUGUAACGUUCUCAUCGAGCACACAAAGGAAAGACGUAGAACCCUUGGAUAGCGACGACGAUGAUGAUGAUGAUGAUGAUGACGAUGAGGACGAGGACGAUGAUGAGGAGGAAGAUGAAGAGAAAUUAUAAUAGCGCUAGUUUCAUGAGAAGGUAAAAUAUGUUCUAUAAUAAAAAUAUUAUUGCUUGUAUAAUCCUCCUGUUUAUACAAGGUGCGUCAUAA